CUUGUGUGUACCUGUGUAUCUUUGUAGCUCUGUUAUCCGCAGACCUGCUCAGCUCAUCUUAUUUUAUUACUAGCUUGUUUUUGGCGACAUUGUUCGGGCUGCAGCUAAUCUUGACCUUACUUGUACAGCAGCCACUGUAUUAACGCCAGCUCCUUCGGUUGACCUGACCACUAAGUCCCGUCAUAAUGUACGCCUGUGCUAAGUUCGUCUCCACACCCUCUCUGGUCCGUGCUGGAUCUCGGGCGCUGUACAGACCACUCUCAGCAGCAGUAGUCUCAGAUGCCAGGAAAUCAGAGACUGCCUCACUCCUGGCACCACAGAGUAUUGUAGCCUCCCAGCAGCAGGUGGCGGUGCGGGGGUUCCAGACCAGUGCUGUGAGCCGUGAUGUUGACACUGCCGCAAAGUUCAUUGGAGCAGGAGCUGCCACCGUGGGAGUGGCCGGAUCUGGAGCUGGAAUUGGAACAGUGUUCGGUAGCCUUAUUAUCGGAUAUGCCAGGAACCCCUCUCUGAAGCAGCAGCUGUUCUCGUACGCCAUCCUGGGCUUCGCUCUGUCUGAAGCUAUGGGUCUCUUCUGUCUGAUGGUUGCAUUCCUUAUUCUGUUUGCCAUGUAAACCAGUUAGGCUCUUGCUGCAAAGGGAUACAUCACAAUGUUAACAAGAUUUAGCAGUCUGAGAUGCCCUUGAAUGGUACGAUGAUGUCAGCUUGUCGUGCUGCCCAUUCUUGUUCACUGGUGUUUCUUAAAAGAUUGUAAACCAACUGUGUAAGGAACUCUGGCAAACCCAAAUCAUUUUAAAUGGUGGUUUUUGCCAUAUUGUAUAUUUAAUCAAAUGUUUUUGUUAAACAUGCAACCAAUAACAGAAGUAAACUGUUUAAUUCAUAA